AUGGAAGAGCCGGCGCAGCAAUGUCAGGGCGGCAGCAGCAGCAGCAGCAGCAGCAGCAACAGCGGUAGCAGCAGCGCCAGAAGGAACUCCACGCAGCUUAAUAUAUCUUCUGAUUUUUCGUUUUUGUCUGCAGCAGGAGAGACGGCCCUAGGGUCCUCAGCCUGCAGCAGCAGCAAGGCUGCUGCUGCUUUGUGGGGCAUGCGAAGCAGCAGCAGCAGCAGCAGCAAGGCCUUUGACUACAGCGCCCUGCGCAGCAGCAUCCGGAAUAUCCGGGAGAGCUUCACGGCCCUCCCAGCAGCAGCAGCUGCUGCUGCUGCUGCAGCAACGGCGGCGGCCCCUGCUGCCGCAGCGGCGGCAACUCCAACGAAGAACAGCAGCAACAGCAGCAGCAGCAAGCAGCAGCUGAAGCCGCAGACAGACUCUGUGGCUUCGACAGCCUGCGGCUGGAGCAGCAGCAGGAGCCUUUCUACGCAGGGAACUGGCCCAGCGACGUUUGCUUCUGCUGCUGGCAGCAGCAGCAGCAGCAGCAGCAGCAGAGGGUUAACCCCACUUUUAUCUGUCUCUCCAGCCGGCAGCUUCGUGCAUCCCUCUCCGCAGCGUCCUUUGCCGCGUUUGGGGCAGCAGCAUGGAGAUAGUCCAGAAGCAGCAGCAGCAGUUGCUGCUGCUGCUGCUGCUGCUGCUGCUCCUGGGUCUCAGUCUCAGCAGCAGCAGCAAAACGAUCAAUUCGUGGCCAGGACUGCAGCAACUGCAGGGCAGAGGGAACAGCAGGAGCUGGUACAGCAGCUGCGGCAGCAACUGCAGCAGCAGCAGCAACAGCUGCAGCAGCAGCAACGCGACCUGCAACAGCAACUACAGCAGCAGGUUGAGAGGCAAGCAAUACAGGAAGAGCUGAGGCAGCACAAGGUCUUGCUGCGGCAGCAGGAGCUGCUGCUGCAGCAGCAGCAGCAGCAACAUGAAGAAGCCCUCGCUGCUGGCGCUGCCGAGAUGGAAGCCUUGAGGACUGAAGUCAAGCUGCUGCAGCAGCGCGAAGAAGAGAGCCGCCGGGAGUUGCUGCUUCUGCGGCACGAGCGGCAGCUGUUGCAGGAGCGGCAGCAGCAGCAGCAGCUGCUGCUGCUGCAGGAGCAGCGGCGCAUCGACAGCCUAGAAGCCCAGCUUCGGGAGAGGGAGCACCGGCUGCAGCAGCAGCAGCAGCAGAUGCAGCAGCAGCAGCAGGAGCUGCAGCAGCAGCAAGACAUGUUUGAUGCCUAUCUUCUAGAACAAACUGCUGCUGCUGCUUCAGCAGCAAGAAGGAUUUGUAUAGGCGACUCUCAGGGGCUGUGGGCUUCUCGCUGCGGCUGCGAUAGGUGCGUGUGCCUGCAACAGCAGCCAGCAGCAGCAGCAGCAGCAGCAGCAGAUGCUGCUGCUUCAGAGACCUCUGCUGCUGCUUCUGCUUCAGCGAUUUCUGGCGCUGCUGCUGCUGCUGCGGAUGAUCCAGACUACGCGGUCUACUCUGCACAGGCCAGCAGCAGCAGCAGCAGCAGGCUAGCGGCCGUCUCUCCAGCUGACAAGCAGCAACAGCAGCAGCAGCAGCAGUUGUUGCUGCAGCAGGCUGCUGCUUACAGCAGUAAGCGCGCCGCCAACGAUGACCCGCAGCAGCAGCUGCUACCGCCGCUGCUGUUUCAGCGCUCUAGCCCUGUGUCAGAAGCCCUGCAGCAGCAGCAGCAGCAGCAACUGGAAGAGCAGCAGGGGACGGGGCUUGAGGGGAUUUGUCGGCGGCUGCAAGAGUACCGCCUGAAGCAGCAGCAGCAGCAGCGAGAGCAGCGCCUUCAGCAGCAGCAGAAGCAGCGAGAGCAGCGCCUUCAGCAGCAGCAGCAGCAACGCGAUCAGCGCCUGCAGCAGCAUCAGCAGCAGCAACAGCAGCAGCGGCGGAUACGCCCGUUGCCUGCCGCUGCGGCUGUCGGGAAACUCAGCUUGACGGAUUCCAAGGAAGCUGCUGCAGCAGCUGCUGCUGCAGCAGCUGCUGUUGCAGCAGAGAGGCCCGCUACUUUUUCUGACGGAGCAGAAGCAACAGCAGAAGCAGCAGCAACAGAUGCAGAAGUAGCAGCACUAAGAAUCCCCGGCUUGAGACAAUUAAGUAAUGUUGAUGCGUUUCAGCAAACACCGCUUAAGCAGCAGCAAUUGAAACAGCAGCAGCAGCAGCAGCAGCUGCUGCUGCUGUCGAAGAAGAGCAGCAGGCAGACGCUGCUGGGCACCCCCGCCACUGCUGCUGCUGCUGCAGCUGCUGACAGCCGGUCGUCUCUGCUGCUGCUUGUAGCUUCAGACAGCAGUGAGGACGAGGAAGACCACGUGAGAGAGCAGCAGCAACAGCAACAGCAGCAGCAGCAGCACAUGGCGUUACCUGCUUCAGUGACGCCGGCUCGGCGCACGGGCGAAGCUGCUGCUGCUGCUGCUGCUGCUGCUGCUGUCUCUGCUGCAAAUGCACUCCAGAUUAAGCCCCGCUGUUUGCUGCUCUCCUCGGACGAAGAGGAGACAACGACGGCGGCUUCUUCUGUGCUGCCAAAGCAGCAGCAGCAGCAGCAGCAGCCACUGCUGCAGCAGCCACUGCAGCAGCAGCAGCGACAUCAGCAGCAGCGGACCAAAACAAGAACAUCCAGGGGGCGGCGUCUGUCUAUUGAGACAGCAGAAGGCAGCAGCAGCAGCGAAGAUACCAGCCCUUCCACUGCUGCUGCUGCUGCUGCUGCUGCUCCUCUUGCUGCAGUUGAGAGGCGCUACUAUCUAACGCUUGACAGACUGCGUGCAGAGUACCGGCUGUCUCGCCAGUCGCUGCGCUAG